CUCCGCGUAUCGAGGGCGGAGCCUGGGCUCCGAGAGAGGGAAUUAGCGUGAGCCGGUGAGUGGAAGCAGCCGCCGCCUCCCCGGCAGGCGCCCUCGCAACGCCGGAGUCCGCAGCAAGUGUUAAUAAGGGUGUGGUAUGUGCUGACGCUGCUGGACACUUGGGAUGCAAAGCUCCACUGGGGCCAUGUCAGAGAGAGAAGAGCGGAGGUUUGUGGAGAUCCCUCGGGAGUCAGUUCGGCUCAUGGCAGAGAGCACAGGGCUGGAGCUGAGUGAUGAGGUGGCUGCUCUGCUCGCUGAAGAUGUAUGCUACCGUCUCAGAGAGGCCACCCAGAAUAGUUCUCAGUUCAUGAAACACACCAGACGGAGGAAGCUGACUGUAGAGGACUUCAACAGGGCUCUCAGGUGGAGCAGUGUAGAGGCUGUGUGUGGCUACGGAUCCCAGGAGGCACUGCCCUUGCGCCCCGCAAGGGAGGGCGAGCUCUACUUUCCAGAGGACCGAGAAGUGAACCUGGUGGAGCUGGCACUGGCCACCAACAUCCCCAAGGGCUGUGCCGAGACGGCUGUCAGAGUUCAUGUCUCCUAUCUGGAUGGCAAAGGAAACCUGGCACCUCAAGGAUCAGUGCCCAGUGCGGUGUCUUCACUGACAGAUGACCUUCUCAAAUAUUACCAGCAAGUGACACGGGCUGUCCUGGGGGAUGAUCCACAGCUGAUGAAGGUCGCCCUCCAGGACCUGCAGACAAACUCCAAGAUCGCGGCACUCCUGCCUUACUUUGUUUAUGUGGUCAGUGGGGUAAAAUCUGUAAGCCACGACCUGGAGCAGCUGCACCGACUCCUGCAGGUGGCACGGAGCUUGAUGCGGAACCCACACCUCUGCUUGGGGCCCUAUGUCCGAUCCCUGGUGGGCAGUGUGCUCUACUGUGUCUUGGAGCCGCUGGCCGCCUCCAUCAACCCUUUGAAUGACCACUGGACUCUUCGGGAUGGGGCUGCUCUUCUCCUCAGCCACAUCUUCUGGACUCACGGGGACCUUGUAAGUGGCCUCUAUCAACAGAUUCUGCUCUCCCUGCAGAAGGUCCUGACAGACCCUGUUCGGCCUCUCUGUUCUCACUAUGGGGCUGUGGUAGGGCUGCAUGCUGUAGGCUGGAAGGCAGUAGAACGAGUCCUGUACCCACAUCUGCCCACUUACUGGACAAACUUGCAGGCGGUGCUGGAUGACUAUUCGGUAUCUAAUGCCCAGGUUAAAGCGGAUGGGCACAAAGUCUAUGGAGCUAUUCUGGUGGCCGUAGAGCGACUGCUGAAGAUGAAAGCCCAGGCAGCAGAGCCCAACCGCUGUGGUCUUGGCGGGAGAGGGUGCCAUCGUGCCGAGGACCUGCCUUGGGACAGCCUUCUCCUGCAAGAGUCUCCUCCGGGGGGCGGUGCCGAAGCCGGCUUUGGGUCUGGUCUCUCCCUGCCGCCAGGAGGCGCCCGGCCAGAGGACCCUUCUUCCUUGACCCUGGCAGACAUCUACCGAGAGUUGUACGCCUUCUUCGGUGACAGCCUGGCCACUCGCUUCGGCACUGGCCAGCCCGCGCCCACGACCCCGCGACCACCCGGAGACAAGAAGGAGCCAGUGGCCGCCCCAGACUCGGUGCGGAAAAUGCCGCAGCUGACUGCUAGCGCCGUGGUGAGCCCGCAGGGGGACGAGAGCCCGCUCGGCGGGGGCCCCGCGGCCGCCGCCGCCGCCGCCGCCUCCGAGAGCAGGCCGCUGCCGCGCGUGCACCGGGCGCGGGGCGCUCCUCGUCAGCAGGGUCCUGGCGCGGGAAUGCGAGACGUCUUCCAGAAGAGCCGCUUUGCGCCCCGCGGUGCCCCUCACUUCCGUUUUAUCAUCGCCGGGCGUCAGGCCGGGCGGCGCUGCCGCGGGCGCCUCUUCCAGACUGCUUUUCCCGCGCCCUAUGGACCCAGCCCAGCGUCCCGCUACGUGCAGAAGUUGCCCAUGAUCGGCCGCACCGGCCGCCCGGCUCGCCGCUGGGCGCUCUCGGACUAUUCCCUGUACUUGCCACUGUGAGGCCGUCGGCCCUCCAAGAAUAAACCCGCACUAGGAAGUGA